AAACUGAUUUAUUGUUGCCUAAACCGAUUUCGUCUGCUCAGUUUGUCUUUGACAAGUCAUAAUUUUUUUUCUUUUUUUUUUUUGUUUUUGUUAUCCAGUGCAUUUUUAAUUUGACCCUUUUCUUUAAUUUAACUUUAAAAUGGAAGAAAACAUGGUUGUUAAUAACAAUAUUGAAGCGAAAAUUGUCAUCCUAGGAGAACAAAAUGUAGGCAAGACGAGUUUUGUCGUCGUUUUCAAUCCUGAAAGGCGAAAUGAAGAUAGGAACAAAUUGAGCUGUGUUAGUUCAACAAUUGGAGCUUCUUUUGUCAGUUGCAGAGUGCGGGUUAAAGAUAAAUCAGUCCGAAUGCAGAUAUGGGAUACUGCUGGCCAAGAAAGAUUCAAAUCCAUGGUGCCACUUUAUUACAGAAAAGCUAAUGCAGCUGUUGUUAUGUAUGAUGUAAGUGCAGUUAGCUCAUUUAAGGCUGCUCAGUUAUGGGUCAAAGAACUCAAGCGUAAUGUGGAAACUCCUGUCCUGAUACUUCUGGUCGGAAACAAAGCCGAUUUGUGUGACCAACGGGUGAUAUCGUAUGAACAAGGAUACGAAUACGCUUCUAUGGUUGGUGCCUUGUUUUGUGAAACCUCUGCCAUCACGGAUAAAGGCGUAACACAUGCAUUCGGUUUACUUGCAAAGAGCCUUAUCGAGUACGAACGAGAGCACUCAAAUUUUCAAUACAAGUUUAAAGCAGACUAUGUGAAUUUGCAUGAAAUGAAUGGCUCGCCAUCAUCAGAUGAGCAUUUUUCCAUGUCCUGUUGUUAAACCUAACGGUGCAUAUAAAGUAACUGUGCCUAUAUGUAUAGUUGCCUUGAUUCAGGAAACUUUAGUGCCUCGUUUCCUCGGUCUCUCUUGUUUACGUUUAACUCAAGCUCCUCGUCAGUUAUAUACCUCAACAACCAUAAGGUCUCAUUUUGAUUUCAAUCCAUUAGUACCAUAUUUGAAUUCUUUCGUUAAAGAUAUGAAUACAUAGUACAUAGUGCCA